AUGGGAAAUGCUGGUAGUAAUGUAAGAGAAAGAAAUUUAAAAGGAAGUGAUACUGCUCCACCAUCUCCUACCAAAGAUGGUCAAGCUUUUACUUUUGAUAAGAAAAAAAGAAGAAAAGGAACAUUAGUUGGAUCACAUGAUGAUGAUGGCCCUGUUUACACCAAAGCACAACUUCAACAACAGGAUGAUUUUGAAACGCUGAAAAGACAAAGAGCUGCUACUUUGUCAGAAGGUACCAAAGUCGGUGAUAGAGUUUUACCUACAGUUUUUAAAUGGGAAGGUGGUGGUAGACAAGUUUAUAUUUGUGGUACUUUUAAUGAUUGGAAAACAAAUUUACCCAUGGUUAAAAGUCAUGGUGAUUUUGUUACAAUAAUUGAUUUGCCAGAAGGUGAACACGAAUAUAAAUUCUAUGUAGAUGGAGUUUGGAAACAUGAUCCGAACAUGAGACUAAAAGAUGGCAACUCCGGAACCAAACAUAAUUUAAUAACUGUCAAAGGCUCUGAUUUUGAAGUAUUUCAAGCUUUGGCAAAUGAUAGUGACAAUAACUCAGGUGAUUUACAAAGUGAAUAUUCUCAAGAAAUACCUAGUAAUGUUUCAUGGGAAAAAAUAUCAGGACCCCCAAUCUUGCCUCCACAUUUAUUACAAGUUAUUUUAAAUAAGGAUACCCCUUUAUCAUGUGAGCCAACGUUAUUGCCAGAACCAAAUCAUGUAAUGUUAAAUCAUUUAUAUGCAUUAUCGAUAAAAGAUGAUGUCAUGGUACUCAGUGCAACUCAUCGUUACAGAAAAAAAUAUGUUACUACAUUACUCUAUAAACCUAUUUAA